AGGCAGAUGGAAAAGGGAACAGACAGAAUGGCCGCCGCGGCUCCCGCUCCUGCCGCCGCCGCCUCGCAGUGCCGGAGCCCCCGCUGCACGGCGGAGCGCAGGGGAGUCCGCCGCGAACUCGACUCCUGGCGGCACCGGCUCAUGCACUGUGUGGGUUUUGAAAGUAUUUUAGAAGGGCUUUAUGGACCAAGGCUACGAAGAGACCUCAGUUUAUUUGAAGACUGUGAACCAGAAGAAGUGACUGACUGGUCUAUGGAUGAAAAAUGUUCCUUUUGUAAUUUACAUAAAGAAACAGUCAGUGAACAUACAACAGUCAUUGGUUCUUUGCAGUCAACCCCUACAGAGGAACUGUCAUCUCAGGGCCAGUUCAACACUGACAAAAUUGAAUGCCAAGCAGAGAAUUACCUAAAUGCACUCUUUCGCAAGAAAGAUCUUCCUCAGAACUGUGAUCCUAACAUUCCCUUAGUUGCUCAGGAAUUAAUGAAAAAGAUGAUCCGUCAAUUUGCAAUUGAAUACAUUUCAAAAAGUAGUAAAAUGCAAGAAAAUAGAAACGGUUCAUCAUAUGAAACAAGUCUGAUACGUAAAGGUAUCCAAAUGAACCAAACGGAAAAUUCACUUCAGGAAGAACAGGAUAGCCCUCUAGACCUCACUGUGAAUCGAACACAAGAGCAGGAUACUCAGCCAGGGGAUGGAGUGCUAGAUCUCUCUACAAAGAAAAUAAGUUUGGAACAGUCAGCAUAUGAUGGAUCAUGUUCUGAAAAUUCGGUGUCUGGGAGACUCCACAGACACAGAGAGGACUAUGUGGAAAGAAGUGCUGAGUUUGCAGAUGGUUUGCUCUCAAAAGCGUUGAAAGACAUUCAGUCCGGAGCACUGGACAUAAAUAAAGCAGGCAUACUUUAUGGCAUACCUCAAAAAACUUUACUUCUCCACUUAGAAGCCUUACCAGCAGGAAAGCCUGCAUCCUUUAAAAACAAAAGUCGAGAUUUCAGUGACAGUUAUUCUUACAAAGACAGUAAAGAAACUUGUGCAGUGCUGCAAAAAGUAGCCUUGUGGGCAAAAGCUCAAGCAGAGCGCACAGAAAAAAAUAAACUCAAUCUACUUGAAACCUCAGAAUUAAGGUUCCCAACCGCUUCCAGUUACCUCCACCAGUUAACCCUACAAAGAAUGGUCACUCAGUUUAAAGAAAAAAAUGAAAACAUACAGUAUGAGGCAUCGACUCCAACAGUACAGUUAAAAAUUCCUCAGCUAAGAAUCAAUGCUGUGCCCAAACAACAGCCUGAUAGUGCUGGACUUCUCGAUGUUAUGUACCAGGUUUCCAAAACCACAUCAGUCUUGGAAGGAUCGGCUCUUCAAAAACUGAAAAGUAUACUCCCUAAACAGAACAAAAUUGAAUGUUCUGCAUCUGUAACUCAUUCAAGUGUUGACUCCUACUUUCUGCAUGGGGACCUCUCUCCUUUGUGUCUUAAUACUAAGAAUGGAAUUGUUGAUGGAACCUCUGAAUCUACAGAAGAUGGUUUCGACCGCAAGGAUAAUAAGCAGCCAAGAAAAAAACGUGGUCGCUACCGACAGUAUGAUCAUGAAAUAAUGGAGGAAGCUAUUACUAUGGUAAUGAGCGGGAAAAUGAGUGUUUCCAAAGCACAAGGAAUCUAUGGGGUACCUCACAGCACUUUAGAAUACAAAGUUAAAGAAAGAUCUGGAACGCUGAAGACUCCACCGAAGAAGAAGCUCCGAUUACCAGACACUGGGUUGCUUAACAUGACAGAUUCAGGGACUGGCACCUGCAAAAAUAGCAGCAAGCCUAUGUAGUUUAAUUUGUUAGAAACCUUUGUGCGCCUGUGUGUGUGUAUGUGUGUGUGCGCGCACUUGUGUGUAAGACUACACACGUGAGAAACACAAAUGUUCACUCAGACAGAAGACGAAAUUUUACAGUUCAGAAACCACUUACAUGCCUUUUUGAAGAAUAAUUUUAUUCAGGGUUUUCACUGUGGAAAAAUGAUAGAAUCGAUCACUUAAUUGUGAUAGUUUGCAUUUAAUAUAAUCCUUGUAUAAAUAAGUGAAAAAGAUUCAGGUUUUAUUUAGUAGUCAAUAGCAUAAAAUGUUUGGAAUAACAAGUAUUUGUCAUGUGAAACAUUAUUUUUUACUGAUGAAGAGUGACCCUAGCCAUUCAAUAAUCCAUUUUAUAAAGGAAAUACCUGAUUAAUGCUUUGAAGACAUUUAUGCCUCUCAGAAUAUUUUUAGGAGUUGCAAGGAACUGAAAAUAUACAAAUUAAGAGAAAUUGAGAACAGCUUUAGUUUCUUAAAGUAACUUGUGAAGUAUUAGUUUAAUGCAGACAGUUUUAUGGAAGAAAAAGUCCAUCAAUGCUAAACA